AUGUGCGCAGGGGGAAACUGGAAGCGAGAGGUCGUUCCGGACCACAAGUUCGACUUCGUCGAUACGCGAGACUUUACGGACCAUUCAUGUGGGAUGCGUAUGAAGUAUCUGUGGCUGUACAUCACAGUCUUCAUCUCUUUCCUGGUCUACAUAUCCGAUAUCUUCACCGCAGUGACCAUGUUGACAUCCACCACAUGGUCCAAUGAGAUCUACAACAGUUGUCAGUCGACCGACGACAACGGUUGUGUCUACAUCCCUUUCAACGUUGGCAAAUGGCUCUUCUUCGGCUGUAUCGUGUUCUCGUUCCUGCUGCUCGCCUACGAAGCACGCAAGGCCAAGAAGAUCAUUGCCAGCCGUGAUAUUUCGUACGCCUUUACCAAUAUCAUGGCUAACCACUACUACUCCCUCCGGUCGUACGACCACUUCUGCUUCUUCAACCACAUCUCCAGCUCCACCAAGAGGUCAGAUGACUUUGCCUUCUUCGUCUUCUUCACCUUCAAGGGCUGGAAACGAGUUAUCUUCGCCGAAGGUCCGCGUCAGUCAAUCAACGCGCUUACUCUUUACGCCCUCUACUUGUCGAAGAAGAACAAUGGGGAAUGGUACGACGUGUCGAAGUACUUCACCGGAAGUAACUACAUCACCAUUGCCAUCACCAUCUCCACGGCCUUCACCACGUUCAUCUUCGCCCUGUCCUUGAUCAUGCUCAUCAUCGCCGGCAUCUGCUAUAUUCCUCUCCUGACGUAUAUUCAGGGUAACCUCAAGGAAUAUUGUUGCCACAAGGUCGACAAGCGCAUUGCCGAGAUCAUCAAGCGGAGGAACAAGCAGCGUCUGGCCAAGGCUGCAGCUCUCGCCAAGAAAGAAGCUGCCGGCGACUACUCCCACCUCAAGAACAAGAAGGGAGAGCUCAUCGCCAAACCUCUGCCUCAACCGACUCUUCCCAAUGUAUUGCUCGACGAUGACGACGACAAGGCCUCCAUGCGCUCUCGUGGACCGCCCGCCAGCACGAUCAGUGCCAACCCGUAUUACUACGAGACGAAGGAGUACAGCCCGACCGAGUACCCGCCGAUGCCCGCGUUCAACCCGGCUUACGGUCAACACCAGUACAACCCGUCCGUCGGCACCUUCGACGCACCGACUCCGUAUGAGGACGAGUACGGAAGCACUGCACACUUGACUACCUCCGCCGCUCCUUUUGCCCGCACAGAGCCCGGUCGCGGUGGAGCGGAGACUCCAUAUAGCUACUACGGAGAGGCCUAUGGCGAUAACCCAGUCGAGCCGGAAUACACGCAGCAACACCACGGUGUUGAGGGCACAGCACACAGUGGCGCAGAUGACUAUACCCACCAGCAGGAGGGGGCACAGUACUUCAAUGAUCCGCAGGCGUACCAAGGCGCGCAUCCCGAUUUCCAGGGCUACCAUGACUCGCAGGGAUACCACGAUGGUCGGGGCUAUCAGGGUGCACAAGGGUACCACGACGCACAAGGGUACCGCGACACGCAAGGGUACCAUGACGCGCAGGCGUACCAUGAAGCACAAGCGUACCACGAUGCUCAGGCGUACCAUGGAGCACACUAUGCAGGAGGGCAUGACUACGAUGCGGGGCAGGCUCAAGCUAUGUAG